UUCGAAAUAAUGGUCCUAAUUCUUCAACUCUAUGACUGGGCCACCGCCACGGCUGGGGCUGAAGGCGGCGAGCCCCGGGGUUGCCGCGGACGAGGACUGCAACAGCAACACCAGCCUCACCGGCAGUCAGCACUCCGCGCACGAUGACCUGGAUGCGCACUGCGACAACUCCGGCUAUCUCUGGUUCCUUGACUAUAACCCAAUCUUCAGAGACGGCUCGUGUCACCACACCUCAGUCCUUUCCUCCGUGUCAGCAUCGUACAAGGGCAUAAGCGACCUGGCCUCGCGCUUCGAGUUCACCUCGCGGUACAACGACAUCGCGCGGGACCUAGACGCGAACCUUGCGGAGGCCGACAUGGAGAGCUUCAAGACCGAAGACAUACACGCACUGCUGAUGACCGCCAACCUGCCUCACGACGCCAUCAUUGACGACAGAACGCAUGAUUUGUUUAGUAAUGAGUCGGUGGAUGAGGGUCAUUUGUGUGGUGUAUUGCAGAGUAACCCCCGGGGCGAGAUGUUUGCCAGCAUCUCAAGCUCGCUCAUGGAAAGAUUUCGGUUCGACAGCAGUAUCAGUGUCGACAGUAGCUUUCAGGGUGAAGAAUCUGUCGGUUCGAUCAACACGAUGUCGAUAUGCAAGUCGGAGUUGUUGUUCUCUCCGGUGAAGGAGGGGGCACACGGCGUUCACUUCAGUGUGGACAGUCUAGACUGCGAGCUGCCCACGGAGCAGGACCUCAUCCUCACCUGCCAGGCCAACAAAGAUAACUACACCAUCGCCUUCGAGGGCAGCCUCACCACAUACUCCGAGGAUAGUGAGUGCGUUGAACUAGCCGUCAAUCACAAACAUGACAAAUUGGGUAAAGAAAAUGUGAACGUAGUAUUAGAUAAUGAUGAAAGAACGCGCAGGAACUUAGAGUUAUUAGAAAGAUGUAAAAAAUUAACAAAUAAAUUAACAACCUCUAUGGCUAGAAGCGAUUUAGGAUUAACUACUUGGAGUAAGCUUAAGAAACAGAGUAGUCAGUCACCCUUAAGGAGACAUCCAUCUGGAAAUAAUAAUGAUGACGAUACAAAUGAAACGACUGAUGUAAUGAAUGAAAUGAACAACUCAGUAAUAAAAAGCCAAAGUUUGCCAAAUCUCUACAGACGAAAACUCAUGAGUAGCUCCAUAAACUCGAAUGUCCUCAGUACCUCUACGGUCGACUCAUUCUUAGCCAACCAAAGACUAACAGGCACUCCAACUUGCAUGAAAGUGUAUGAUGUAUCACAAAAUCGUUCAUCUCAUGGAAGCCAACAUUCGGAGCCAAUGAGUACUUCGUCAACUGAAAAUCAAUCUUCAUCAGACAAAAGUCAUCCAAAACAACAAUUUAGUCUAGUUAAGCUAUUUAUGAAACAAAAAAGCAUGAGCAACGAUGGGAUCGUUAGCAUGGAUCAAUUAGACCGGUCGGAAUGCUGGCCAUCUAGUUCGGGCGGUGAGAGUGGAGAUUCUAUUGGAGAGCAAAAGUCGAGUGAGUCUAAACCGGUAGAGCGGCCCCAAGUAGAAUUACCUGCUACUAUUGAUGAUAAUUCAACAAUUUACGAAGAUUUGCCAGGAAAUAUACCUUACAACAAUAGGGUGUAUGAUGAAGUUUUAAUUGAAGAAGAAGAAACUAAUGACGGCGCAAAACUUAGUGAUAGCGAAUCCAACUUGUACGCUACUGUUAAUAAACCUCACAUCAAAAGAACAAACUUAAAUAUAAUGAAUAGCCCGUCAAAAAUGAGAAACGCUAGAAAAUCUUAUUCUUCUCAAUCCUCUGCAACAAGUGUGAGCAUUUCGAGUUGUUCUGAGUCAGAUGGUACACAAAUCACAAGGAUGAAUAAAUUACUACAACGUGAACCUUGUGACCAUAAAUCAACUUCCACUCACAUCGAAGUCGAUACAAUAGAUAAGAGUAUGCAAACAUCCAGCCUACAUCUCUCAAGCAUGUCUCGUGAACAUGAACUUAUCAAAGUUGUUGAACCAUCUUUCUUGGAGAAAUUGAAAGAAGGCGAUUGUGAAAAGCCAGUUUUUGUUUUAUACCCAAAUUACACCUUGCCAGACAUUAGUUUCUUGAACGGCAGACCAAAUAUUUAUUUGAACCCUAUAAAAGUCAAUGUAUCAGCCAAGUCAAGUGAAAAUAAAAGAAACAGGAUGCAAGUCAAAGGGAAGCGGCCAUUUUCAUGCAACGACGUAGAGAUGCUGAAAAAGAAAGGAGUAGGUCACAUCAAAGACUGGGAUUCGCUUAACUUCCUUCUGCCCGUAGAAUGCAAACAACUUCUUUCUGAACUACCAGAAUUGAUGCAUAAUACGAAAUGUGCAGAAAAAUACUGUAAUACACCUAAGUCAAAGAACAGACCUAUGAGCUGUGAUUGUAACAACUUAGCAGGCAACACUAAUGCUGUAUCGUCAAGCUCAAGUACCGCAACCCAACCGUCUUCUGGUUAUCGUGGAUCAUCGACGAUGCUUACUGAUUCUUCUGCUCAAAACAGCCCCGCUCCAGCUGGUACUUUCAAUCCUUUGUUUGUGUACCGUUAUGACAGCGCUACUAGCUCAGAGGCAAGCGCUGUCAACAAUGAAGGCCAGAGAGGUAAUCCAUCUAUUCCCAAACGCUCACUUUCCUUAGCUGAUCAAAAUAGAAUCGCUAAGCAAGGUGAACUAGCCCCACCAAGACCACCAUUGCCGAAGAGUAUUUUGCGUAAGUCUAUGGACAAAACACGAAAAUCCAGCUCCCACACAAAACGUUAUAGUAUGUUUGAAAUGGACGAAUAUAAUAUGCAAGAUCCUGUAGUGUGCAUGACAGCUGCCACCGAACAUAAAACUAAGAGGAGAUCACUACAAGAGCCAUAUUAUUUACAAAAUCAAGGCAUGGAUUACAGAAAAAAUAAUGAUUUAGCAGCUAAAAGGCUAUCACAACAAUUCCUUGACGCUGCUGAUAAAGAUGCUGACUACAAUGAAUAUUAUCAAGAUGAGGGUGUUGGUACAGAAAGUAGUCUAGAAUCAGGAAAAUCAAAUGAACUUAAGUUCCACAGGCCACAUACGCCACCAUUGCCAAAACCAAGAACUAAGAAAAUGGAGUACACCGAAUUUCCACCUCCAGGUGCACUCAUAAGUAGUGCAGAUUUGCAACAAUUGGAAGAAUUUCUUAAACUUAGCGGGGUCAAUUGCCAAAAUAUGGAUGAAUGGGAUCAAAAUCAAGUGCAAAAGGGUAAGAACUUGGCUGAGAUACCAAUAUGUGAGGAAGCUGAAGUAAGCCCGGAUGAAUUUAUGAGCCCUAUCCAUCAUGAUGGAAGGGGGAAAUAUGACCCUAUCGACGUGUCACAAAAAAGAGCCUUGGUCUCAAAUGUGACAGAUGCUGUUGAGAUGCUAAUCCAACAUUUCUCUUCCGCAACUGACCAGGCGGAAUUAGCGUUCUUAGGCGACUCAAAACAGUCUCCAGCGUGCGCUAAAAUAGCAUUGAAUGCAUUAUGUCCAGCUCUGUAUGCAAUAUUUAGAGAUGGACUCAAAGAGAAUAUUGAAACAUCAUUUGGAGCUGUAAACAACUCGGUUUGGCAAAUGGUGGAGGCUACAGCGAGACAAGGUCCAAUAACGAAGUCUUUGAACGAGCUGGUUCUAAGGAUUAACAGUGAAGAUGCCGUAAAUGAGGGUCUCGUUAAAUUUAACGCAUUUAUCUUGGGCCUCCUGAAUGCACAGUCAGUGGACGCGUGGGUAUCAUACGUACGGACCAGAGAAUCGAUUCUUGCCAAGCACUAUGAUUCCGAUUCCUUGAUUCUUGCCGGCUGCAUCGGAGACUCUAGAUGUCGGGCGCUCUUAGACACUCUCCUCACUAGCUUGGAGCCCCUCAAACUGCUACCCUUCUCUCUGGACCUUAUGUUUGAAAUGCGUGAACUACACCGCAGCUUCAAGAGGAUAGAAAGUGACAUGCGUGCUGCUAGUCGGCCCACUUCGAUUAACACUCCACCACUAACACUGAACCAACGGAAUUUGUUGAAACUGGUGCGGUCUAUGCAAUCGAGCGGCCUCUCGAGCGAUGAUUGUCAGACUAGUGUCAUUAUGAGGCAUAAAGAGCCGAAAAAUAAAGAACCAUCAACCCCUGAUCUGCUUAAUGAUUCGGCGAAUGUUAAAACGACGCUAGAGAAAACCAGACCGCGGUCAUGUGUCAACCCUUCUGCGAUUGGCUACGACAUGUGUCCGAACAAUAGCCGGAUUGAAAUGGAGACAAACCGCAGAUGGUCAGGUGUCCAGUUAGGCUCGAAGCUGAUGCAGGCGUUCGAUCGGCUCGUUUUCGAUGACAGUGACGAUUACACCGAUAGCUUAGAGAACAAUAAGCCUAGUAAACCAAAUAACGAGACGAAGUUGGACACGAGUGGCGAGGAGCAGUUCAGGCCAAGCUCGGCGGGUAGCUGCGCCAGCGGCAACACUGGCAACGGCAGCAACAACUCUGGCGGCAAGUUCCGUCGGCUGCAGCUCAAGUGGGAGCUGCUGAGUAACGCGGAGAGCCCGAGUACACCAUCAGGUGAAACUUCACCAGCUGCGGCUCGAGGCUCCAAGAUACCUCGGCCCGUGUCCUCUCCCGUGCGACCUCAAGCACCGACUCUGCAGUCACCAGCAAAGGCCCAGCAUCGCGGUAUACCAGUGCCGGUUCGGAAAGGCACGUCGCCUACCACGACGACGCCUCGGUCUGCUUCGGCCAGACCUGGCGUCACCGGCAAGAAACCACCGCAACCUGCUAACAGAACACCCGAAAUGCCCGUGAAGAAAGCCAAAGUAAACCAACCGCGACUGUCCAAUGACGCUGUCGCUAAACCCACAACAUAUGCUAAGAAAUCGUCGACGUCUAGAGUAGACCAGACGUGGCAGGCGGGCGCGGCGCCGCGGCCAUCUUCUCUCCCCUACGGCAGGGCGCCGCCCCCAGCGGCCCCGCGCCGCGCCGCCUCUUCCUCAGCAUCACGACCUCAUCACACCACCAAUCAGCAGAAGCAUAAGUAUGUUAGAACACUAUGGCAUCGGUUGCCGUCUGAUUCGGGACACCUUGCAUUUAAUGAAGGAGAGCGUCUUCGCCUGAUACUCGAGGUAGAUGAUCAGUAUCUAUUGUGCUGCAGAGGAGACCAGAAGGGUCUAGUUCCUCGCGAUGCCGUAUUGUUAGAGGACUUCUGAUAUUGGCAGCCAUAGCAUGAUUGGCAAUGGCAGCCUUGCUGGCGCCCGUUGCGUUUGAACGGCUACUUUGGGAAGAAGUAAAUGAAAUCAUAAAAGAACCUCCUCGUUUACUUUUUGAUCAUCAAAAUAAUAUCCGCAGUGUUGAAUCCUUUCAUAAUAUGAGAAGCUGAGUGAUAUUACAGUUAUUACUUACUUCUAGAUAAAAAGUAAACUGGGAGGGCUAUACGUUCGAGAAUAGUGCGAUGUUACCUGGAACAUUUGGUUUGUGUUUGAUUUGUGACUGUGAAUUGGCUGAUUUGGAAGGUAUACAAGUGAAAUGUGAUCGGAACUCUGCCGUUCAAGAACUAUGUAAAUACAGUUACUAUUUUAUUAUCGAGUCCUUUCGUCUUUAAGAUUUAUUCUGUCUUAUUAUUUAAAUCGUUUGUUUUUGUUGUUACCUUGAAAUCAUUAUUCAUUAUCUCUACUUCAUCAUUAUAUCUUAAUCACUUAAUAUCGAACUCUCACGUUUCUGAUUCAGUAGUAGUAAAAUCUAGUCUUAUGUUUUAAGGCACGACAAGGUCUUGGACUGUAAAUAAAAUAUUAUUGUAAGAACAUUAAUCAUGGAAUAUUUACUGUGAGGGAACCAACGUUUUAUCAACAGUAAAUGUUUUCUCUGUGGGAUGUGAUAUAGGUAAAUUAUUUACGUUUUACUUUAAGGACAAAUCUCAUACUUUUAAGGUCAAACUCUUUUGUAUGGUAUCUAAAUUCAUAAUCAAAAUAUCAUUGUUGCUGAGAGAAAGGCACCAGGUAAUUCGGUGUUUAGGUAAAUUUCGUAACUUCAAUGUGAAAUUGAUGUCUAAUGUUACCCUUGUAAUGUAAAAAUAAUUAAAUAUGCAUAAAAGUGAGAAAUGCAUGUGUAUUAUAGUAUAUUGCAAAAUUAACUUUGCUUCGUUGAAUAGAAAUGGUUAAAUAUCAUACUUUAAUGUAGUAAGGGUAUCUACCAGCCAGAUUUAUGAACAUACCUACGUUUAAUCAGGAAUCCACGGAUUGCACUUUACUAAUAUGUUUAGUUAGUAACAGCAUGCAGCCUCUCCUCAUCACCUUCCUUUCGUGGUCUGUGGUUCUCUUUGGUUCCAUAACUGCCAUAACUGGUGUAGCUUUUAACAGGUGUACUUUACUAACUGCACGGCCUUUACCAUGAAUCCUUUCCUCACAGCUGGCCUCCAGUUGUCACAAUAUUGCAGAUUAAAAUUGGUGUUGGAGCUUAACAUUGGUCACCACUAAUCGCAUCUGCCUCUCCUCUGUACUCCCUUAACCUACAACUUCAACGCUAAUUACAGUAACUACAGCCGAGUGGUUGGAAGCAGUAAUAUUGGUACGCCUUACCGCAUUAUCGUUAACAAAUACCCACCCAUUGCUGAAUUAACUGGACUCACGAAUAUUGUGAUACAAUAAUCAUAUCACUGCUUGAAAGCGGGUCGCAAAGAAAAAUGAUAUUUUUGGUACGAAUUUGUAUUGCUCAAUAUGGGAAGACAUCAUGAUAUGAUCAAUUGAUAUUCGCGACUUAAUACUCAUGUAAUCUUCAUAAUAUUGUAAUCGUGGACUUAUGUCAGUAUUUAUCGAUGUAAAGUAUUUGUAUAUAAUAUGUUAUUAUGGUUAGUAGUGAAAUUAGAGAUCAAAAUUUGUAACAAAACUUUGAAAUGCACGAUACAGUUCCUCUCGUAGUCAGUCGUGCUAACGAGUCACUUUGGUGAAGUAGUCGGUAUAAACGUAUACUCGUACUUCUAGUGAUCAAAAUUAUUAAUCGCGUAAUGCGGUGCCUUUCUCGAUGCGUGUGAUAAUAUCGAUUAUUUAAAUAUCGAUGCUCUUGCCGACUGCGUUCAGCAAUCAAAGAAACAAGAGGCUCGUCAUGAUAAUCUCAUUCUUAAUAAGAUGAACGUAAGUUGACACAAAUUUAGGACUGUACAAUAGAUACAUAAUUCAUCAUACAAUAAUUAGGAUGUUAUUCGAAAACAUAGCGAAAAUGUUACUAGCUGUCAUUACCUGCGUAUUAUUAAUGCAAUUUUCGUUUGUAAUAUACUUACCUAGGCGUCUCAUUACCCAUCUUAGUAUAUUAGCGCUUCGUGACUGAAUGAUGUGAUGUGGCCUUUUGUAUGUAUUAAAGUUAUAUUAGUGUUACUGUGUUGUGCGUGUGCGCUUGUUGCAUCAGUCGGAGUAAUCAUUGUAUCGUCUACUUAAGUAAAGUAGCAUCUGCGUAUGCUUCCACGGAUAAAUUUAUGUAAUUUAUAGUAAUCGAAACCCUAAUGGCCGUUAAAGUAUUAGUUGAAUGAACAAGCAAGAACGGAGAAUGCGUGCUUCGCUUCCACGUACCGCUUGCAGUUCGCGUGCGCGUUAGGCGUUUGUAGACGUAAGUUUUUAUCAACAGUUUGUAUUAUCGAAUGUUGAACAGGUUUUUUAUAAAAUGACAUUAACUCCUGCGCGUUCGUUUCAUUACAUUGUUGGGUAGGAUGUGGUGAGUAAUGUCCUCAUCGGUACAAGUGUUAAGUUAUUUUACGAUUAUUGUGUGUAAGGCUUUAUUUAUAAUUUCGAUCGGGAUCAAUAUAAGUUGAACUUUGAGUUAAAAUCUUU